GUGGCAGCAGCGUCAGGGAAGAGCCACCGAGAGAGGCUUCCCAGCAGCUUCCCAACCACUUCGGGCAAAACUUGAUGCUCCGUUGCCUUCACCCCCCCUCCUUCUCCCUUUCCUUCCCGUGGCCCUUCGCAAAGCGCCAGGCUCUCGCUUUCCUCCGGCGUGUGUGCCUGUGCGUGUCUGUCUCCAAGCGAGGAGGAAAGAGCAAAGGGAGCUCCUUGCACCAACCAGCCGCACUUGAGCGAGACCAGCCAGGAAAAGGGGGGCUUUACAAACAGCCACAAUUGCAGAUCUCCCCCGGAGCGGCUGCCUAGUUCGCAGGAAAACUACUGACUCUGAUCAUCUUUCCUUUGCAACCAGGACUCGGCCUCGAUUAAAAUAAUAAUAAUAAUAAUCCAUCGCAUUAUUUGGAUAUUUGUUUGGGUCCCCCUCCCAGCCUCCCUUCUUUUUCCCAUUCGGUAGCUAUGGAUGUAAUUCGGAAUUGGUGAUGGUAAUUCACGUGGGAAGAAGAUCCAGUUACAUCUCUCCCCUUCCUCACCCCCUCGUGCUUUGGGUAUAUCAAUGAGGGGGGGGAGCACUAGAAUCAUCGCCUGGGGGAGGCACACACACACCGCAGCCAACCUUUGCGCUAACCUUUGAACCAGGGAGGAAAAGGGGGCUGAAGUUCAGAGCUGGUUUACCUGCAUUGGGACGGCCAAGGAGAGCGAAGGGGAGAAGGAGCGAGGGACCGCAAUCUCAUUUGUGAAUCGCUCUCCGAGUGCUGCAGCCUCCGAUCGCUCUAACACAUGCAGCGUAAAUGCAGGUAAGACGCGCGCACACAUCAACUGCGGAUGCAAAAAAGCAAACUUGGGACUGUUGUGUCGUGUGUGCAUCUGUGCGACAGCGAGAGACCUCUGGGUGCGCUUCCUUCCGUCCUUGGGGUAUUCUGGACGAACAUCUCCUGCAGCUUUGGUACCAUGUUGCUUUUGUGACUAAUGACCUUGCGCAGAGUUUUUUUUUUUUAAUAUCUAUAUAUCUAUAUAUGAACUCUCCUCUCCGGAGAAGGAGCUGAACACUGGAGGCGAUCUCCUAAAGAUGGAUUUAGGUACUGUCCUGAGAACCAAAGGGGAUUUCUUGAGAACUGUUCGGUAAUACCAAGAAAGGGAAAGACUCUUCCCAAAUAUAUAGGUGUGUGUGUUGAUCUCUCAUCGCUGGAGACUGGGCAUUUUGUUUUGCCGUUGGGGAGGGGGCUAUUUUUAUUCUUCCCCCGUUCCAUCCAGAGCGAAGAGGAUUUGGAGGCUGCCUUGUCUUUGCCUUUCCGCCGGACACCAGCGCGCUCUGAAUGAAGCAAUUUACAUUCCCCCCGCCCUCCCACCCGUUCCUCAGCGUGUGUCUGCGGAGUGGGGGAGAGAGACAGACAGAGAAGAGCUAAUUCCGCGGCGGUAAACGGGGGGGAGAGAGAGAGAGAGAGAGAGAGAGAGAGAGAGGCAAGGAAGCAGGCAAGCAGAGAGGAAAGAGUGGGAAUUGAAGUGGACUGGAGUUUGGGGGGUUGUUGUUUUUUAAGGCGACGGGAGAGAGGGUGGUUGCAUCAAAUCCCUCACUGCUGCAGUUGCUCUGGCUUUUCUUGCAAACCUUGCAAAGUGAUUACAGUGCCAUCGGAGGGGGAGGAGGAAGAGGCGGAACUCCCCCCCUUUCAUUCUAUCUGCCGAGAUGAAUCUUUAAAAAAGCCAAAUACCCUUGCCCCGUGAACUGUGAGUAUGGAGCAACUGUAAAAGGAAGGGAGGACGAGGUGGGCACAACCGCCAGCCAACCCCUAAUUCCUGCCCCCGCUCUCCUUCACCGAUUGCACCAGGGAGGAUGAGACCCGAAGUUUUUCGCAGGAGCAGCAGGAUGUUAUAAUUGACCGCCAUCACCCCAGCACCGAGCAUCUUCUGUUGGCUUGCCAAGGGGGGCGUUUGUUGGCACGGGUGGGCAGCGGAAGGUGGUGGUUUGGUCUUGCCUGGGGUGUUCCCGAAGAUGUGGAAGAUGCGGACGCUCCUGGGCUUUGUGCAAUGCUGCUACUGCUGCUGCUGCUUCUUGCUCCUGCUGCCGCCGCCGCUCUGGGUCAGCCUAGCCGCGGCGAAGCAGGCGCUGAGGUACCGGCUGGCCGAGGAAGGACCCGCCGACAUCCGCAUCGGCAAUGUGGCUUCGGACCUGGGCAUCGUGACGGGCUCCGGCGAGGUGACGUUUAGCCUGGAGUCGGGCUCCGACUACCUGAAGAUCGACAACAUGACCGGCGAGCUGAGCACCACGGAGAGGCGUAUCGACCGCGAGAAGCUGCCGCAGUGCCAGAUGAUCUUCGACGAGAACGAGUGCUUCUUGGACUUCGAGGUGUCGGUUAUCGGGCCGUCGCAGAGCUGGGUGGACCUCUUCGAGGGCCGGGUCAUCAUCCUAGACAUCAACGACAACACCCCCACCUUCCCCUCCCCUGUGCUCACCCUCACCGUCGAGGAGAAUCGCCCCGUGGGCACGCUCUACCUGCUCCCCACCGCCACCGAUCGGGACUUCGGCCGCAACGGCAUAGAGCGCUACGAGCUGCUCCAGGAACCCGGCAACGAUGGGGGCAGGCGGGGUGGGGGAGGCUCGGCUUCUGCCGCCUCUGACAGCGCCCUCUACCCUGGAGGCAGCAAGCGGAGGCAGGAGGCCGACGGCACGGCCAGGAGUAGCGUGUUUGAGCUGCAGGUGGCUGACACCCCCGAUGGGGAGAAGCAGCCGCAGCUGAUCGUCAAAGGGGCGCUGGAUCGAGAGCAGCGGGACUCGUACGAGCUGAGCCUCCGGGUUCGGGAUGGGGGAGACCCCGCGCGCUCCUCCCAGGCCAUCCUCCGGGUGCUCAUCACCGACGUGAACGAUAACAGUCCCCGCUUCGAGAAGAGCGUCUAUGAGGCGGAUCUGGCCGAGAACAGCAGCCCCGGCACCCCGAUCCUGCAGCUGAGGGCCGCUGAUUCCGACGUCGGGGUGAACGGCCAGAUUGAGUACGUCUUCGGGGCGGCCACAGAAUCUGUGAGGCGCCUGCUUCGCCUGGACGAGUCCUCCGGCUGGCUUAGCGUCCUGCACCGCAUCGACCGGGAGGAGGUGAACCAGCUCCGCUUCACCGUUAUGGCCAGGGACCGCGGGCAGCCGCCCAAGACCGACAAGGCCACGGUGGUCCUCAACAUUCGCGACGAGAACGACAAUGUGCCUACCAUUGACAUCCGCAAGAUCGGGCGCAUCCCGCUGAGGGACGGGGUGGCCAGCGUGGCCGAAGACGUGCUGGUGGACACCCCGAUCGCCCUGGUGCAAGUUUCCGACCGGGAUCAGGGCGAGAAUGGUGUGGUGACCUGUACCGUGGUGGGGGACGUGCCCUUCCAACUCAAGCCGGCCAGCGAGGGGGAAGGUGAGCCCCAGAACAAGCGCAAGUAUUUCCUCCACACCUCGGCGCCCCUCGACUACGAGGCCGUGCGCGACUACAACGUAGUAAUCGUGGCCGUGGACUCCGGCAGCCCCAGCCUGUCCAGCAACAACUCUCUGCUGGUGCGGGUCGGGGACACCAAUGACAACCCGCCAGUCUUCAGCCAGGCUGUGCUAGAGGUCUCCUUCCCCGAGAACAACGCUCCCGGAGAGAGGGUGGCCACCGUGAUGGCCACAGACGCCGACAGUGGCAAGAAUGCAGAGAUCGCUUACUCCCUGGAGCCCUCCCCAGCCUCCGUAGAGUCUCCGGGAGGCCUCUUCACCAUAGACCCCGACUCUGGGGACGUGCGGGUCCAGGCAGUGCUGGAUCGAGAGCAACGGGACACUUACGAGUUCCAGGUGAUGGCCAGGGACAAAGGGGUGCCCUCCUUGCAGGGCUCCACCACGGUGGUGGUGCGGGUGGCCGACCGCAACGACAACGAGCCGCGGUUCAUGCAGGACGUCUUCACCUUCUACGUCAAGGAGAACCUGCAGCCCAACAGCCCGGUGGGCAUGGUGACCGUGAUGGACGCGGACAAGGGGCGCAACGCCCAGCUGAGCCUCUCCGUCCAGCCUGGGGACCAGGGGCAAGGGGCUCCGGGCAUCUUCUCCAUCGAGAACGACACCGGCACCAUCUACUCCACCGUCUCCUUCGACAGGGAGCUCCAGACCAGCUACACGUUCAAGGUGAAGGCGGUGGACGGGGGAGAGCCGGCCCGCUCGGCCACCGCCACCGUCUCGCUCUUCGUCAUGGACGAGAACGACAACGCGCCGGCAGUCACCUCGCCGGCCAACAGCUCCUACACGGUGCUGCCGCCCUCCAGCAACCUGCGCUCGGUGGUCACCACCGUGCAGGCCAAGGACGCCGAUGCGGGCCAGAACGCGGAGCUGAGCUACAGCAUCGUGGGCGGCAACCCCUUCAAGCUCUUCGAGAUCGACCCCUCCAGCGGGGUCGUCUCGCUGGUGGGCAAGCUGGCGCCCAAGCACUACGGCCUCCACCGCCUGGUGGUGCAGGUCAACGACAGCGGCCAGCCGCCGCAGUCCACCACGGCCCUGCUGCACAUCUUCGUAAACGAGAGCCUCUCCAACGCCACCGUGGUGGAGAGCCAAGUGGCGCGCAGCCUCCACACCCCGCUGGCCCAGGACAUCGCCGGCGACCCCAGCUACGAGCUGAGCAAGCAGCGCCUCAGCAUCGUCAUCGGUGUGGUGGCCGGCAUCGUGACGGUCAUUCUCCUCAUCCUGGUGGUGGUCAUGGCCCGCUACUGCCGCUCCAAAGGCAAGCACGGCGGCUACGAGGCCGGUAAGAAGGACCACGAAGACUUCUUCACGCCCCAGCAGCACGACAAGGCCAAGAAGCCCAAGAAGGACAAGAAGGGCAAGAAGCAAGGGAAGCAGCCCCUCUACAGCAGCAUCGUCACCGUCGAGGCCUCCAAGCCCAACGGGCAGCGCUACGACGGCGUCAACGAGAAGCUCUCCGGAGACAGCCCGAGCCUGAGCCGCUACCGCUCGGUGAACGGCGGGCCGGGCAGCCCAGAUCUGGCUAGGCAUUACAAAUCCAGCUCUCCUUUGCCCACCGUACAGCUUCACCCGCAGUCCCCCACCGCCGGGAAAAAACACCAGGCCGUUCAGGAACUGCCCCCGGCAAACACCUUCGUAGGGGCAGGGGACAACAUCUCCAUCGGGUCGGACCACUGCUCCGAGUACAGCUGUCAAGCCAGCAGCAAGUACAGCAAGCAGGUGGAUACAGUGCAGACUACGCAGUGCCCUGGCCACAUUGAGGAAUCGUGUAAAAUGAAUGUAUGUGCUCGUAAGUGAAAUAUUUAUGAAUGAAGCUCCAACUCUUAGUGUAUGUUGGAUCAUAAAAAGACAUGUGACCCUGUUCAUCAAUAUCAUACUAAAAUCGAUUCCUAAGAGGCAGGGUCACUGCAGAGCUCAAAAGACAUGUAAGGCAAAAGCUCAUAUUUUUCAAGUUGGCUUCUGAAGCAUUCUUAUUUUUUAACAAAAUUUAAAAAAUGUGCAAAUGACAAAUUCAGAUUACCUCUUGGGAUGAUGGUGUGUUGGGAAAAGCAGUCAACUGAUUCAAGAGAUCCGAAGGGAUGUGAGAAAGGUUUGUGUAAGAUGAAGUGGUCAACUGUGGACAAACAGCAUCACAUCUUACAUAGGACUAUCAACUGGAGAGGAAGGCAUGUCUCCCCCUUCAAUCUGCCUUUAAGAAGACUGGAAUGUUGUCAAAGAAUUUCAUCCCCGUGAGUGCUUUAGUUAGUAACUGGGGAAGAAAUGGAGGGUGGAGGUGAGUUUAAAAUGCUUGAAGUAAGAAAAUAGCUGUGCUCUGUAGAUAAAUAAAUCCCUUAAGCAUGUGCUAGAUCAACAAAGAAAAAUGGUAUCUAUACCUCAGAACGGAUUCUGAGAAAUCAGAAGAAAUCCCAUCAUUUAGAAAUGUUGGUUGAGAAAACAUAGAUUGGACCCUCUGGGUUUGCUGAGGAAGUUAUUCAAAGGCAAUGUAUGGGAGGAGGGGAAACUGUUAAUUUCCCUGUCAGUAAACUGAAAAAGCAAGUAUUUGUCUGCCGAAAUGUAUGUAUUUAAAUAUGUGUGAUUGCUAAGUCUUGGUUUAUUUAUGAAGUUGGGAAGGUUAUCGUUAUGGAAUAAAAAAAGGCUUUUCCCCAAUUGAAACUGCAUUACAAGAUGAGAGGGUUUCAGUUUAAUUAAAAGGGAAUAUGCAUGAUACGGGCACCCUCUGUGCAUUCCUAGUCCUUGUUAAGCUUAACAUGUCAUAAAAAUUCAAAGACUAUAUAUAUAUAUAUAUAUAUAUAUAUAUUGUAGCCAAGAGAUUAAAGAUUAUAUUUGAACAUAUAUGAAAGUUAAAAGUAUUGAUUUGUGAGAUGAUGGAAGGAGGCUGAUUAUACUUUUUCCUAAUUGUCUCAUUCAGAUCAAACAUUUCCAUCAUCCAUGGGAGAAGCAAGGGUAUUUUCAGUAUUAAUGGCUGUUUCAGGGGUUUUGACUCGUUGCUUAACCAUAAGCCGUAAAUUUACUUUAUUCAGAUUGCUGGUUUAUAUCUGAUAUAUUUAUAUGAGAAUAUUAUGUCACAUUCAUUAAAAAUGGUAUACAUAUACAAUUACUUGACUUCACAAUAUGCCUUUUCUGAUAUUCAAAAUCCAGUGUUAAAGAUCACAUUUUGGGGGCACAAUCUUGCCAAAGUUAAGGGCUUUUAAGUUCUCUUAAUUUCAGGGAGAGGCAUUAAAAACAUGCCCUUAACUGUCACAUUGAAAGCACUGAAACUUAAACAUGUUUAACUUUCACUUGAUUAUACCCUUCCUUAUUGAUCAAUAUGCAUUUUUCCCUUUUGUAUUAAGGCACACUUGUUCCUUGCUAUUUUUUUUUUUAAAAAAACUGGUGGUUUGUCCACUUUUGGUAAUCAUUCUCAGGUGGUGGAAUCUAUGAUACGGUAGAAGU